AUGAGAGGUCGCGCGCCCCUUCCGGUGCCCUCUGGGCUCCAGAAUGGCCACUCACGCACCCCAUCGAGUCUUGACAUGGCUCGCAGUCCGCCCAACCCGACCAACAAGACUAACUCUUCCACUCCGCUCUCCUCCGCAGAUACUAAGCACGUUCCCUGCAAAUUCUUCCGCCAGGGUGCCUGUCAGGCCGGCCCCGCUUGUCCGUUUCUGCACUCGACCGAUACUGCCAUUGAUUAUGCUCCCUGCAAAUACUUUUCCAAGGGCAACUGCAAGUUCGGCGCAAAAUGCGCUCUCGCUCACAUCCUCCCGGACGGACGACGGGUAAACCGACCUAAUGCUGGCGGCGGUGGUGGUGGUGGCGGCGGCGGUAUGGGAAUGGGUGGUGGUAGUAGUCAUCUGAAUCUGGGUGGCCGAGUCAAUCCGCAGGCAUAUGUUAAUCAGGAUUCCGCCUUGACGAACUCGGUCCUGUCGCAGCAGCGCAUGAACGGCCAAGAGCCCCGAUACACCACACAACUUCCCACGCAGGAAGAGCUCACCGGCCAGCCAGCGCCUAACUUCGACUCUAUCCCCACCAUUGACGCGGGGCUAGCCUCCGAUGCCGGCUCUAACUACGGAUCUCCAAUCGACGAGUCGCGAUUUCCCAUGUCGCCCAGUGCUCGCCAUCUCACAGCCCUCGAUGCCCCCCUCCCGGCCUCAUUUGACAGUCAAGGUAUCUCCCAUGCUGCUCGAUACGGUCCGGUAGCUGCUUCAAUGCCUUCGAAGUUUGGACUUGAAUCCUCGUCGGCACAGAGAACGGGCCCUGCGGACCCAUUCCGAAAUAUCCGUGAUGUUGGCUAUGGCUCCAGCUUAAGAAGACCUUCUUAUAAUAUUGGCUCGUCUCCUCCAGCACCGGAAGACUCACUUGGUCACCGGGCCUUACACUCCGCGCGCCCCGUUCGGCCACGCAUGGUUUCGUCUAGCGUUCCUCGACCUGCUGCCCUUGACGAUUGGGAUGAGAACUUCCCCAUGGAGGAGGAUUAUUUGCCUCCAGCCUUGCGUGAUGAUGUCCUGACACCGCAAGAAAAGCUGCGUCGACUUUCCCGGACCGAUAAUGACAUUAGCUCCAGCCACCGCGACAUCAGUGGUUUCGGCAUGACAAGCUCCAGCUUCUCCAAAACCGGCUCGCCUCUGGCAUCCAGCCCAUCUCGAUUCGGUGCUCUGUUUGCCAAGCAGAGACAGAGCAAGGAAGAUGGUUCCGUUGGAUCUUCCUUCCCUCACAUUGGCUCUCCUCUCCGUGAAUCCUCGUUGAACCCGACAAGCCCUAGCCUGGGCCCUAUCGGCAGCCGUGCAUCGCAUGAUGGUUCGCCGUUUGUUUCUAGCCCCGGCCGACAAUCAUCUAUGUCUAUGAUUUCUGAGCAGCUUGGCGGAUUGUCUCUCCAUCCAGGCUCUGCUCGGCACUCUUCAGCAGCCCCAGCUCGCCUUGAUCGGACUCUUUCCUCGACCACCAGCAAGAUCAGUGAAGAGGAGGAACAGAGCGACUUCCUCUUCUCCAUGGAAGAAGAAGAAGGUAACAAGCGCAACAGCUCCCCUGAUGCUUAA